UUUUUUAGAGGUAAUUAAAAUAAACUAAAACUUUUUUUUUUAAACAGAAGACCUUUAGUUGAGAGAAAACAGUUGAGAGAAACUGGAAAAUGUAACCCAGCCCCAUAAAAGGCUCACAAGCUCACCAUCUGCAACACGGUGGGACUCAGAAAAGACAGGUUCCUAAAGAUGGCUGCCAGUCAGCAGCCUAAUCAAGCAAUACAUGGGAUCCCUGAACAGACUGCAAAGGCUUCAGAGCUUCUCAGGCCUGGAGGCUGGCAGAAGGAUGUUUCUAAGCAACUGCAGGGCAGGGGUAGGGUGAAGCUCAUCUCUCUGAACUUCCAGGACAUUAGCACAGUCCCUUCCCAAGUCUUUUGUCCCCAGAGACGGGAAACAGAAAUGUGUAUGCCCUGUAACCUGUAUAAAUACCUUUGUAUCUGAUUUCCUUAACCACUGUUUCCUAUCCCUGCCACCUGCUGGUCAGUACGUGGUAUGACACCUGAAUGUUUGACCAGCCAGGUAGUGGUCUGUCACCUAAACAUGAAAUAGUGAUGGUCUGUGUGUGUGUGGUGGUGUGUGUGCAUGAGCAUGUGUGUGUGUUGGUGUGGAGGCAUUGAGAUGGGCUUACACAGGGGUUUCUGUCUCUUCCUUUCUGAAGGAUUGAGGAAGACAUGACAGUUUCUCUGCCCCUCAGGUUGUAUCUAGCCAAUGGGAUGGAGUCCUGGGCUCCUGUGAUGUCACUGUGACUGCGGACCAUGUGACGCCUGGUGACCUAUCAGUCCAGCUGGUGGGAGGACUUAGUCUGUCAGUCACCGCAAACCCAACCCACCCCUCCGUAGUCACGGCAACGGCUAUGGCUCACAACAUUCUGUACAGCCAUGGGCAGGAAGCUGCCUUCAGCAUUUGGCUCCAGUUCAGCGAUGAAACGGCCACGCUGGUCUCCGCCUUCGACCCCGCCCCCUAUUCCCUGCGGCUGUCCUCAUUGGCUGACACUGUGGUCACAGUGACGCCCGGGCCAACCCAGCGAGUGGUUGCCCAGGGUGAUGGGGGUGGACCUUUGCUGAGGGCAGAGCUACUGGUCUCCACCUGUCCAGCUCAGAAGCAAGCAGCCAAUGAGAGAGGAGGAGGAGGAGGAGGAGGGGGAGGGAUUAAGAGGCUAGCCACGGGCUCUGGUUGGGUGCGGGUGAAGCUGGACUGGGAGCUCCACCCUGACAGCAGCGAGGAGCCCGGGUUCCAGGUGCUGGAAAUCUCUCAGGUGUUUCCGGACUCCGAGAGUGAGCUGUAUGAACCGAGCAAUUCCUCCAGAGGCUACGGCCAGGACAGGGAGGAGGAUGACGAAGAUGAAGGUGUCGAUGGUGGCAGGGAUAGCAGCCUGGGGGCGGGCACCAGGACCCACCUGGAGAGAGCGGUCCUUACGCCCAGCCAUGAUGGGGGCGGGGUGUACCUGCACCCCAGCAAAGACAUGGGGGGCGGGGGGGAGAGGGAGCUGGAGGUGGGAGUGGGAGUGGGGGCCAUGCUCUCCCUCUCAUGCCUCUCCGCACUCCUCUUCCUGGCAAACUUUCUCCCCUGUGCCCUGUGGAAGAGAGGGAGAGGAGGCCAGGGGCCGGAGGAGGAAGAGCACAGAGAGAAAGCAGGGGAUGGUGAGAAAGGAGGAGAGGAAACAGAGGAGCGCAUGAGGAGUGGACUAGGCUAGCCGUCACACAGACACCUGUCUGAUGCAGGACCUCACUGUAACUGUGGCUCUGUAAACCUGCCCAUGUCUACCUCUACAUUUACCACACACCCUACUGUACACCCCAACACUCUGCUCUGGGAGUUGUAGUCUUCAAUUAAUCCUACACCACCCCCCCCUC